AUGGCCACAUCCUCUAAGAGGGUACCGAUGAUCAUCCUCAAGGAGAUCGGCAAGGGCGAGCGGGUUGCAUUGGCGAAGCUCGCCAUAGAGCACCUUGAACAGUCGAAGCGACCACUCCGAAUAGCCAUUGAUGCGGCAAUAUGGAAUUUCCAGACUCAAGCCGGUCAGGGCGGGAAGAAUCCUGCAUUAAGGACUCUAUUCUACCGGCUUGUUAAACUACUGGCUCUUCCCAUCGAUCCGGUCUUUGUUUAUGAUGGUACCAACAAGCCCCUUACUAAGCGGGGACGGACAGUAUCUCGAUAUGGCACGUGCAUCUCGAACGAAAUGUCGAAGAAGCUCAUUCAGGCGUUUCGAUUCCCGCACCACACUGCUCCGGGUGAAGCUGAAGCCGAGUGUGCAAUGUUGCAGAGCAAAGGUCUGGUUGAUGCCGUCAUGAGCCAGGAUGUGGACGCAAUUAUGUUUGGCUCUACGCUGACGUUGAGGGACUGGUCGAAAGAGGCUUCCAAGCAUAACUCGUCGCCUACACAUGUCAGUGUCCUUGACCUUCCUAGAAUUAAAUCUCUAUCGGGGCUGGAUCCCAAGGGGAUGAUCUUGGUGGCGUUAAUGAGUGGUGGCGACUAUGAUGAAGCUGGUGUCACCGGAAUUGGAUCGACUCUGGCUUGCGAGAUUGCACGGGCUGGCUUUGGAAGCGACCUCCUAGAACUGGUGCGCAAUGCUGACGAGAAUGGUAUCAAAGAAUGGCGUGAGCGUCUUCAAUACGAGCUUGAAACGAAUGAGAGUGGCUACUUCAAGAUGAAAAGGAAGUUGGUCAAGAUACCAGAGACGUUUCCCAAUCGCAAAAUACUCGGUUACUAUCUAAAUCCUGCCGUUACGCCCGAGGACCAAUUGCUGAAUCUCGAAACAAAGUGGCGGGAGGCAUGGGCAUCCGAGGUUGAUGUCCCAGCUAUGCGUGAAUAUGUCCGAGAGACGUUUGAAUGGGAUUUCAAACCAGGAGCCUGGAAAUUUGUGAGGGUUAUGGCACCCGCCCUACUUACAAACAGGCUGCUACGCAGGCAACAAAGUGGAAUUUACUCGGCAGAUCAGAUCCUUGAGCGAAGGAAACAUUUCAUAAGCGAUGGAAUUCCCGAGCUCAGAGUCACUAUGAUCCCGGCAGAUAUCGUUGGCAUCGACUUGCACGCGGAGAAAGACAGCCCAGAGCAUCUUGAAGCUCUGACUGCAGACGAUAAAGGCCAGGAUAUACCCGAAGAUGAAGCCCCCGAGGUUGUUCCCCCCAGUCCAUCAAAGAAGAGGAAAGGGCCUCCUUGGCUUCCAGAUGCACCUGAAAAGGUCUGGGUUGCCGAAACGAUAGUAGAGGUAGGCGCUCGGGACCAUCUCCAAGAAUGGCGUCGAUUACAAGAAGAAAAAGCGAACGACCCGAAGAAGUUUGCUGCUCGGAAAUGCGAGAAGACAAAGGAUACCAACAAGCCCAAUGGAUCAGGUGUUAUGUCCGCCGGGACCCUCCUGAACUACAUGGUUGCUUCGAAACAAUCUAGCCAACCAGCGAUAGCAAGGAAAGCUAGAAUUGCUGCCCCUUCUCGUGAUCAGGACAGCGUUGGCCCUACCCCGGGUCUCUCUACACCACCAAAGCUGGCGCCUCGCCAAAAACAGCUGCUUAGUUCACCGAUCAUGCAUGACUUUUUCAAAAUCAGCAAGAGUCAUCACCAGCUGUAUGUUCCCGACGAUCCUUUCAGGGAGAUCCCGAACACUCCAACAAGGAAGAAACCUGUCGACAAGCCUGUCGAACUGAAAUCUUCUCCCCCUGUGCAGCCGAGUAAAGAGAGGAGGAAAAAGCAACCUACUGGAGACCUUGGCCUUCCACAUCUCCAAGAUGUGUCGGCGUCAGUAACGAAGCAGGACACGACGAGGCGAAAACAAAAAUCCCACGCCGAGAAGGAGCUUAAUCCAACUGAACAUUCAGAGUACGGCAGUCCUACAAGAACCAAGCGGACAAUUGAAAGUUUCUUCGCCCCUUACUUAGCUGCAAACAAGCCUGAGAAAACUUUGGAUAGUAAUCUCACAUACUUUGCAGAGGAUGGUGGUCGCAUACCUCCAGAGCUCACAACCGGCCUCAGCACCAGCUUUCCGGUUAGACAUCUCCGGGCGUUGCCUCGAGAUAGUCUUCCUGGCACGUGGAAAGAAGUCGGUGGCGAACCCAGCCCAAGAUCUGGAACUCAUUCAUCGAACGCGCGGCGACUGCGAGUUAGCAUAGUCGACUUGACUGGGGAUUGA